CUGACCUGCAAAUCUUACUGUUCCACAUCUAGACAUUUAAUUUCCAGCAAAAUAGGCAAAUAUGGAGGGAACAGUAUUUUCCCCUGCUUUGGAAGGAAUGAAGCAUGUCAAGUCUGAACAUGGAGAGCUAAUGACUAAGCCUUUCUUGGAAGUUUGCAAACUUGUAUUGCCAAUUCUAGAUAAAUUUGGAGCUGCUAUGACUGUGGUUAAAUCUGAUAUCAGCGGAAAUAUAGCUAGGUUAGAAUCCAAGUAUAACGAUAAUCCAUCGAGAUUCAACUACUUGUACAGUUUUGUACAGGCAGAAGUUGAGAUAAAGACAGCUAAAUCUUCAUCCAGUUGUAGCAAUGGUCUUCUAUGGUUAACAAGAGCCAUGGACUUCAUAGUCGUGCUCUUUCACAAUUUAGCUCAGCAUCAAGAUUGGUCAAUGUCCCAAGCUUGCAAUGAUUCUUACUCCAAGACGUUGAAGAAAUGGCACGGAUGGCUUGCUAGUUCAAGCUUUACGGUUGCGAUAAAGCUUGCUCCAGAUAGGAAAAAGUUCAUGGAGGUCAUAGGUGGCAACGGUGACAUUAAUGGUGAUAUGGAGAAGUUCUGUAUGACGUUUUCACCUAUACUUCAGCAGAUCCACAAAUUUCUGACUAGUGUUGGAUUGGACAGUAUGAAGGCUUCAUGAUCAACUUCUUCAGUUUCAGCAUUGUUAUAUUUCUCCAAAAUUUUUACCACAUCUGUUGCUUUUAUUUUCAUUUCGUCCAGCUAAAGUUCUAUAAUAUUUUUCUGGUCAGCAUCUUAUAACUCUGUUCACAUGUAUGGUUUUAUUGUCACAAAAUUCUUUUAAAAUAUGUCAAACUCACUAACACAUUAAGCUGAGGCAAACUCAAACCAGAAGGAAAACUGACCCAAAAUGUAACGAAAGAAUACGUAUUUGAUCUCAAUUUAUGGAAUGCUAGUUGGAAAUUGAGACUAAACAAUCGAUAUAUUCAUAUUCCUCGGUAACCUAACAUCAUUUUGCAAGUUUAGACCGACAUAUCAUGCACAUCACCAAACUCAUUUUGCUCUCUUGUGACAAAUUCAAGUUAUCGAUUAACUUUGGUGAGCAUUGAAUGAUUCAGUUUACUGGAACAUAAUGCUUGAAGUCUCAUGUGCCUUCAAAAUCAGCUAUCUCAAUGAUCUCUAAGUUGAGUACAUGAACCUCGUGUCAUUAGUUGUUUGGAUU